AUGGCGUCUAGUAGUUCGUCGUAUAAUGUAUAUAUUCCAAAUGAUGUUACUCCAACUGCAGAAACAAAAGUGAAACUUGCUGAUCAAAUCUUAGUUUCUCCGCUUAUUCUUGGGACUUGGGCAUGGGGAGAAGAGAAACAAUGGGGUUGGAAUGCAGAUUUGGAUGCGAAAGCAAAAGAAGCUUUUGAUAUGUCGAUAUCUAAAGGUAUCAAUACAUUUGAUACUGCUGAAGUGUAUGGAAACGGUGAAAGCGAGCGUUGUAUUGCUCGAUAUAAGUCAAAUCAACCAGUUGCUGGCACAGAAAAUAUUGUCAUUGCUACGAAAUUUCUUCCAUUACCAUACAAAUUUGCAUAUCCGAGCUCAUUGAUCAAUGCACUUCGAGCAAGUCUGGAAAAAUUGAAGGUGGAGUGUGUUGACCUUUAUCAAAUUCACGGCCCCAUUCAUCUUCGUUCUAUUGAAGUUGUUGCAAAUGCUCUAGCUGAAGCCGUUAAACUUGGACUGACGAAAACUGUUGGCGUGUCAAAUUAUUCAACCGCAGAUACAAUUAAAAUGUACGAUUGCUUGCAAAAGCACGGUAUUCAACUUGCGUCAAAUCAAGUUGAAUACUCACUUCUUCGACGAGUACCUGAAACAUCGGGAUUGAUUGCUGCAUGUCACCAACGGAAUAUUGCCGUGCUUGGCUACUCUCCACUUGCAAUGGGUCGUCUAACAGGAAAAUACUCUAAAGCGAAUCCACCGCCUGCAGGCCGCAAGUUUUCCGACGUCAGUCUGGACGAAUUAGAGCCAUUAUUGGAAUCGAUGCGUAGUAUCGCCAACAGUCACAAAGUCAGUGUUUCUUCAGUUGCUUUGAAUUAUGUGAUAUGCAAAGGUGUCAUUCCGCUCGGUGGUGCUCGUGAUGGUAAACAAGCCGAACAAAAUGCAGGUGCAUUAGGAUGGCGGUUAAGUAAUGAAGAAAUUCAACAAUUGGAAAGUCAUCCUAUCACUCCAAAUCUGUCACUAUUCAAUCGAUUUUGGCAACAUGGUUAA